AUGCCCAUGGUGGCUCUAGGCGAUGAGGAGGAGGAGCAGCGUGUGUUCGUCAACAACCAGAACACACGCACCGCGACUGUCACAAUCCCAACAUCGCCGAUGCGUCGCUCGCAGGUCCGCGCGAAGGGGGGUGCGUACGCGGAGCUGAAGCGUGGUGCCCAGCGGGCGAACACCGGCGACGGAUGUAACGUCAAGGUCGCUACAAAGUCGAGCAUAAAGGGAUCUGGAGGAAUUCGGCGGAGCGAGGUGCACCCGCAGCUAGAGGACGUCUACCAACGCGUCAUGCGGCGCUUGCAGGCGCAGGCGAAUUAUGAAGAAAUCGGCUUGCCCUCGCUGGCGGUGCAGUUUGGCAUCGUUGAUGCGUCCCCGGAUGAGAGAAGCCGGGACAGGAACGAAUGGGAUAUGGAGGACAACCGCACUUCGGAGAGGUCAGCAUCUUCAGGGGCCACUGUGGCGAGGGGCGGCAGUGCAAAGCGGCGGGGCCCGCAGCUCCCUCGAGUGGUGCACUCCACAAAGGCUGAACAUGACGACGACACGUUAUUCUUGUCGCAGCAGCCAUGUCCCAAGACACUUCGGCUGGUGCUUGAGCAAGUGACCGCCACUGUGGCAGAGAAGCUGCGCAUUGCUGACACGGGCUCACUCAAGAACUGUCUUCGCUUUGUGUUUGAAAGCCGCACCCUUCUGGACCGCCUCUUAAAAGAGAUUCCAACAUACUCGCAUUUUCAAGGCGAGGGUGAGCGGCUGCCGACGGCCAUGCAGCUGCAGGAGUUGUACCAGGAAUUCCGGCGGCAGCCGGUGGUGCUGCCGUCCGCUACUUACGCGCGGGACACCGCCAACGGGCGUGUCGUGGCGUGUGUCGGUGAUGAGAGAAACGGGCCCCCUAAUGCCGCAGAGCUGGCGGGUGGCGCAGAGGGAUCGCAGCCGCCGCUGCCGCUACCCGCCGUAUUACAGCAGCAGCAGCAGCAAGUACCGAAGGCUCAGGUCUCCAUUCAAGGCGCCUCUGGGCAAGCUCAAGGCCCCUUCGCCCCUUUAGAGACAACGUCGCGGUUCGGCAUUCCCGAGCCUCCGAAGAGUGUGGCACUCCCAGGCGGCAUUGCGGUCCCAAUUCCGGCGACAUACGCGAAAAGCACCCGAUCGCGGCAAGGCGGCGGUGGCAAGCCCCAUCAGGCGGGCAGCAGUGUUGCCACGUCCUUCCACGUAUCCCCUGCUUCAACCGAAGCGUCUUUUCGUUCCCGCGCAGAUGGACGUGGCCCCUCACACGACAAAAUCGCCGAAACUGCACGAUUGGAUGACGCUGCAUCAAUGGGUGGUGGUGCGGCGUCGCUGCAGGCAACCCAUCGGGCAGCAAGCGAGAGGUGCUGUCGCGCCACACAGGAGGUAGCCGUUGGCGUCCUCACAGAGAUUAAUAAUGCGACAGUGGUGAGUCGUGACGAGCACAAUGCCUUGCGGGCGUACGCAGAAAAGCUCGAGGUGGAGAUUGAGGAGCGCAAGCAGGAGGCACGUGAGUUGGUGGAGCAGCUGGAGGAGGAGCGGGCGUACACCUCGCAGAAGCGGAAGGUUGUGCAGUACCUGCGUCAAACACUAUACAAGGAGUGCAGCGUUCUCCGCUCGCAGCUCUCUGCGGCGCAGCAGAAGCAGAUACAGUAUCAGAGCGUCAUAAAGGAGCAGCAGCAGACCCUCUCACAUGCCGCAUAUGCCGAUGCCCGGAGUGGCGCCAGCGUAUCCGCGUAUGAAUCCCCGCGAUACCCUAACUCUAGUGUCAUGCGUCCCAACACGUACGAGAGUUCUGUCACGAUGAUGUCGCUGACUCCCGGUCUGCACAGCCAUCGGCGGAUGAACCCAAAUGCAUCUGUCUUUGGUUUUACACGCAACAGCCUUCACGCCGAGGAGCAUGAGGAUGGCAACACCUCGACUGUGGGUGGUGGUGCAGGCAACGGUGCAGCUACACCGAUCCAACGCGUCUCUGUUGAUAUCUCGGCGAUUAACAGUCUCCUCGAUCUCGUUUUGCUGGCUGUAGAGAAUGACCAAAUGCUGCCCAACAAUGUCUCCAAGGCGAAGAAUGCAAACAUGACCAUCAUUGCCAGUGCCAUGACCGAUGACCCGCAUGCCCGCCAGCUAAAAAUGAAGAAUGAAUUUGAGGAGCGGCAGCGGCAGAUGAAGCAGAGCUACACGCUGAGUCGCGUACAGACGUCAAACCUACUAGCGGUGAAGGAUCAGCAGAUUGAGUGCCUUAAAAGUUCCUCUGAGAUUCAAUUCCUGAGUGAAUACUGGAAGGAAAAGGCAGGUGUUCUUCGUCAAGAGCUUCGCCGUAUUCGAAACGCAGUGCAGGAGGAGUUGAAUAAUCUCAAACUCUUCGUACUGAAGACAAUGAGCAGCAUAGCCAACCAUGCACGUGUGGUAGACACUACGCUGCGCGACAACCACUCCCUCCACAACACACAGUCGACGCUGCGUGACAUUAUCUCCUCUGCCCGCACUUUGGUGGUGCCCAUGCUGACGACAGAGUACGCCCGCGGCUACCACCCGUGGCCGAUCAAGUUGCGCAACACGAUGGACCCCUUCGCCCACAUGGUGCAGGCACGCUACGGUGAGGGGCAACUUCUCGCCGUGCGGGAGGAGAUGAAUGCGCUGAGCGACAUUUACGUCGCCGUGCACCAGUACGUGAUGCGGAGUCAAGCCACGCCGCAGCUGAAGCGACCCAUGCCGGGAAGGACGCUGCAGCGGCUCUGUGCACUGCUCGCGCUCAACCGUGCCACGACCUCAGAUGUUUGGCUGCAGAUCCGGGAGAAGUACACGCAGGAGCGGGAGCUGCAGCGGAGGAUUGCCGAGCUGAACAUGUCGGUUGUCAUGCUGAUAUUCCGUCAGCGUAUUAUGACGGAGCGCUCCGCCGACGCGAUGCAGGAGGCUGGGAUGGACCCGCGCCUCAUUGGCCUGCCGGCACAGCGCACAAUCAACAUGAUCGCAGAGCAGCUACACAAAGUCGUCGCCGAGCGGGCCGUUCUUCGGAAGCAGCGGCAGGACAACGCUCGUGAUGUCUACCGGAUCUGGAAGAGCAAACAGAUUGACAUCUACGAGAACUACCCGCCGCCGACGGUGCCGCCACGGCUCGUGCUCGGUGAAUCCGAUGCGGUGCGUGAAGGCGCCGUGAUGAUGACGCAGUUUGGCAACGUCCGCAAGUCAAGCGAAUCACUGAGGCGGUCCAUAUCCUUGCAGGGCCGUGGAAACGCCUUCUGGGAGCGCAUGCUCUCAACCAGUGAUGAGGGGCGCAACCUCGUGGAGCUACACGAGUCGCCGCCCAAUACCACUUUAACGGUGUCUGAAACGUCAACAGACACCGUAGUCGGGCCAUGA